GUCCGGUCCAUGAAGCACCCAAGUGGCGAACUGCAUUACCCCAAACACCAAGCCUGCACUGAUCACGCUUUGACACUGGUCACCGCUUCGGUUUUUUGCGCUCCCUGCUCGCAACCAUAGAAUGAGUGGUGACUGCCAAGCGCACCAACGGACAGUCUCAAAUUAUAUCCUUAUCCAAUAUGCUGAAGUCCCAAGACGGAAGUCCACAUGCCAACACCGAUUCCAUGAGGGAUCUGUACAAAUCACAAUCGAUCUGCGGAAAGCGGCAAAAUACAGAGUCUCUGCAACGGAUUAUUCAGGGAUUAGUUACUUCGCAUUUUCUGCGCAUACGAAGUUUUUGCGUCUUCUCCGUAUAAAAAAGUGGAUUCAACUUUCAAGGAAAGACCCGUGUGCUAAGUACAAUGUCACGGUCAGUUGAAUGCGUAACACGAGCGUUUUCUUGAUGGUGACUUCCUUUAUCGGCUUGUAAAAGUCUCGACACGGCCAUAAGGGAGUCGAUAUCUCGGGAGACCGUACGGAUAAUAAUCACUGAACGUCUUCCAGCGGCGGCUGCUCUUUUGCGAUCGGCUUUUGAUUCUCCAUUGAAUCUGAUUAAUGUAACAUGAGCGGCACCGGCUUAAAGAAGCUAAACAGCGUUGGCCCGGCUACGUGUCUCGAAUAAUCAUUUUAACGCCGCUCCAUCGUGGCUAAAGCGAUUUAUACGUAUACAGCGUUGUGAAUAAGCAGAAUAUUUAGCUUAUUAUGUCGAACUGCAUUGCACCAAGCGUUCGGCUACAUGUCGUAGGUAGGAAUAGUGCGGCAUGGUCUCUGUUAUCCAGGAACAUUAUAAGGAUGUUCGUUAUUGCGAAUCUUGCUUCAGGGCUACGAAGAUUCAUAAUUACAUCUGUUUGGGCUUGAUUUUGCGCAUUUUUCAAUGGGUGAAAGUUUCUGCAACAUUUAAUUUUAAAUUUACUGCAGUUCAACGCGGAAGAUGUAAUACUACAGUAAUUUGUUGGUUAUUUAAUCCUUUACUGCAGCGCUUCAUGAUUGUCAGUGCCGUUGACCAGGAAUCCAGGACUCGUGUUACACUAAUUGCAACGCGUAUACCCUGCUGAGCUGCAAUAAUUUCCGGGUCGUCUAAAUACUGCAUUAAUUGCGCUGCACUUUCCGUCUCGCACCCUCUCGAUUUGUAACUCUCCAGUUUGAGAGGCAGCUGAUUUCCGAUGAUCUGACAGUUUUCUCGCAGCAAAAAGAAAAAUCCGAAACCGGAAACUGCUGGUACCCUUACUGGAGGAGGUAUACGGUUGUUUACUCAUGUAUGUCUUCCCAGGGAAAAUCAGAACUCAUUGCAAAGUCAUCUCCAGCAUACGUCUCAUACUCUCCCGAUUUGUGGCACUCCAAUUUGGAAAAAAGCUGAUUUCCGAUGAACUGGUAUAAGUUUUCUGGCAGCAAAACAGAAAAUCUGAAACCGGAAACUAUUAUUGCUCUUAUUGAAGAAGGUAUACGGUGGUUUCUUCAUACGUAUAUUUUCCCAUGGAAAAUCAGCACUCAUUGUUAAGUCAUCGCCCAGCACAAUAGUCUACAAAUCUUCCAGGCAAUGCCAUUUUUCUUUUACACGUACUGAAUUACUCUACGCUCCUUGCACGGUAGAUUACUUACCGUUAUACUCGUACAAUACAAAUGAAUGCAUCCAGCAACUUUUCCGUUCUCAACAACAGCACACCGCCAAGCUCGCUUAUCCCCGCCUCGAUUAUCGUCCCCUGGACAGCGACUUAUUUAAGUUUGUGCUACUUCGGUGGUGUGGGCAACCUCGUCGUCGCCGGUCUGAUCCUGUGUAAUCGAAAAUUACGCAGUGGGUGUGGCUUGCUCAUUGGUCACUGCGUCGUAGCGAACACCCUUCUAUGCAUUGUCUGCUAUCCGCAGACAGUGGUCAGCAUCUACUGGAAGCUUAUCAACAACUGGAAUAUUAGCUAUAGUUACUGCAGUACAUUUAUGUGGAUUCAGCAGAGCUGCCAAUACGCCAGUAAUACCAUGGAAGCGUACAUUGCAUCCAACCGCGUUGUGGCAUUGUGCUUUCCGUAUAAGUAUAAAGCGUAUUCCCAAGAAAAACUGGAGCGUGUUGUCAUCGUGGCCAUAUGGAUUUGUUCGUUUGUGCUGGGAUGUCUCGGUUUAUUUGAUCUUGGCACAUUCUACUUCGUCUUGCCUAUCGGAGCAUGCAGCAUUGGACAGAAAGACGUGGGCGGCCUGUUGACCUUUAUCGCGGGGUUCUACUUUCCAUUGGCCUGUGCCGGCACCGGUUACGCCCUAAUCUACCUACGCAUGCUGGCCAUCCGCCGCCGGGCGACAGCAGGGGAAGGUAAAGAGCGCGUGGAGAAGACCAUCGAGAAGAAACGCCUCAGCAAAGCCAAUAUGAUGUUCGUGUCUUUCUUCUGGAACCUCAUCUGCUAUCUGGUUUUGCCGGUGACCAUCGUCUUAGCGCCACAGGUCAUUCAAAGUCCGUUCAUCCUGCUCUUGGGGACGGUGCAGCUACUGGGAUAUGUGAUCAAUCCGCUGAUACUCUUUUCCAUGAGCGCGGAGUACCGAACGGAGUUGCGGCGUAUCCUGCGGAGCGUUGCGCACGCGGUGUUACCGUGCUUCGCUAGAGCAACAGACCCGUCGGGACACUCGACUUCAUUGAAGCUGUCAACACUGCACAACCGUUCACACCAGUCAACAGAUGUACCCAUGCCAUCAGUGUAGAUCGCUAUACAAUACAGGGGAACCCUGUGAAAUUUACCCGGUUUGCAAAGUGCUGCUGUUAUAUACUCGUACACUGCCGUAACAGUGGCUUAGACUUUUUCGAUGAUUUGCCAUUCAUUUUACUAACACGAGUUCUGGAAGUUUCGUUGGGCGACGGCACUUACAAAGAUCGUUGAACAUACAGUAUUUGCACGCAAAUUUUUCUUGCAAACAUCUAUGUUUCGCUGUU